AUGACAGAUCUACUAGACACACCUGAUGCGAUGGCUCCGAAUGAUUCUGGACCUGAAAAGAGUGCGUACAUCUCAAUGACUGUAGCGGACGAUUCAGCGUUUAAGAAAUGUGUUAAGUUAAAGAGUAUGGAACUGCCAAUUGAUCAGAUCAGCAUGAAAAUGGAAGGUGAUGGUGUAGACCCUGCAUUACUGGACAAGCCUAGCAACGUGUCGCCGAAUGACGUUGGUGCAAGUCGAACUGCUAUUGCUUCCUGA